AUGAAAUAAAUUGCAGAUAACGACAACUACUCAAUUGAUGGUAUCAAUUUACAUUUCUCAUUUCUAGGUUGGAAUUUUGAUGAAAAGUCCAGAUUCAUUAAAUAUACUAAGUUUGUUAUUCCUUUUGCUAUCCUAAUCAACAUUUACCUUAUUGUCAUUACUUUUUUAUAUUAGACUAUCUAUCCAUAAUAUUUCUAUGAAUCAUUACUUUACUCUUCAAUCUAUGGAAUAUCUCUUUCAAUCUUCAAUCUAUUUUGGAAAUAAGAAAGUAUAAUUAUUUUUAACCUUUAGAGGAUUCCAUCUUCAGACAACUAUCUUUUGUUUUAAAUGGCUUAAUGAUUAUAUUAACACUCUCAUAGAUCAUUUUCUUUAUUGCUUCCUUUGAUGCUGAUUACAAUUACAAAAUUGCAUAAAAUUCAACUUAUGUCAAUCAUAUAUAGGAAUGGCAACAAUUUACACUUUUAUUUCGUUCCAUCAUUUUAGCCCUAUUUCUUCUUCUAAUAUCCUAUCUAUACAUCACAUAUAGUCUCUAUCUUUGUUAAGAUUAAUAAAAUCUUAUGAUAGCUUUGCAUAUUUAUAAUACUCUAUUUUUUAUUACAGGAAUAGCUAUCAAUCACUAUUCUAAAUUAAUUGGAUUCUAAUUAAUCUUGUUAAUUUUAUUAAUCUUAACAAGUUCAUUAAUAUAUAGUGCUAAUCUAAAGAAAAUUAAAAUAUCUUAUUUCACUAUUGGAGCUAUUUUACUCUUUUAUCUAAUACUUAAUCAAUACUAACACUUUUUAAAUGUGAGAAUUGCUAAAUCAAAUAAAAUAUCAGUCUUGAAUGAUUGUGCAACUCAUUUAAGAAAUAUACAUAUGGAUUUUUUAUUUUCCAAUACUAAUUGUAAAAAAUAUGUUGAGAAUACAAUUUGCACUGAUGAUCAAAAAGCCUUUAUGUGGGAAUUCGAUACUAAAAUACCUAUUUCUUAGAGAGAUACUAAAUUAGGAUGUUUGAAUAUUAAUUGUUGUGGAAUUGUUGCUGAUAGAUCUAAAUUCAAAUUAAAUGUCAUUACUUUAGUACAUUAAUUAAUUGGAUUUGCUACUCUAACCCUCAUUAUGUACAUAUCAUAGAAACCUCCAUUAUUAAAUUCUGAGAUUAAAAUUUAUGAUUUCAUUUUUGGAAGUAUUCAUUUAUUUUUAAUAAUCUUAAUAAUCUUUCUUUUUAGUAAAGAGAUUAAUUAAGAUAUAAAUAAAUUUAAUUCACUAUCAACUACUAAAUAUUUAGAUUUACCAAAAGGAUGCAAUUUGAUCAAAAAUUUUGUUACUCUUAACUGCUAAUUUAUAUAUUGCAACAACAUAGAAUUAAUAAUCGAAUCUGAUUUCCCUCUUUAUUUUUAUAGAUUAAGUAAUUAGGAAGAAUUUUAUGUUGAUGAUUCAAAUUUAACAGAAUUAAAAUUCAUAGGCAAAUUUGAUGCCAUUUAAGAUUAUAUCUAUCAAAAUGUAUAUCAUUUUUUUUAUAUUUAGAUCUAUUUGUGUGUAACUAGUAAAACAGUAAAUAUAGAUUUUACAGUAAAAAAAUCUACUAGGCUGCUCAAAGAAGUCACAUAAAGUAUUCCAACUUAAAAUUUAGACAUACUUAAAAAAUUAUAAGUAGUUAAAUUUUGGUAAUUAGAGUGUUAGUUAAACAUCAAUUCAAACUUCACUUUAAUAUUACUUAAUCCAAUCACUAAUUUUGAAUAUAUAAGGAUUCAAAAUUAGAGCAUCUUAAAUUUUGUUUAAGAAUAAUCUUAUAUAUUAAUAAUAAAUGCGAAAGAUUAUAUUUCUUACGAACAAAAUAUUAUUAUAAAUAAGAAUACUUUAAUAAAAAUAAAUCUCAUUUAAUAAUAGAAAUAACUAUCAAUUAUUUUGUAGGGAUCAAAAUAAUCUAUAUUAGGUACAACAUUUGCUACUAGUAUAUAUAAAGAAUACACAACUUCGAAAUGGUUCGGAUCUAAUAAUUUUAUGAGCUUAGAAUAAAUAGAUGAUACAACUUAAUUAAUAAAAAUAAAUAAUGUUGAUUAUCCUAUUUUAGUUUUUAUAAUAAAUCCCAAUUAUGAUGCAUUAUUGACAAUUUAUAAUGAAGAUCAAAUAUUAUACAAAUCGUAUGCCAAUUAAUAGAACAAUACAUAAUCAGUUUUAUGUUUAUAAGGUAAUAAGAUUAAUUAAUUAAAAUCGCAAACAAUUAAUAAAUUAUUGCCUAAUAGUCUUAUUUGUAAAUGA